CAGUUUCCGGAGCGGAUCGCAACCCGGAGUCCGGAUCCGAUCCCGCUCUGCACAUUCCAAAGGCAGGUGUCGGAGAUGGCCGAAGAUGGGAGCGAAGAGAUCAUGUUCAUCUGGUGUGAAGACUGCAGCCAGUACCACGACUCCGAGUGUCCGGAGCUGGGCCCCGUGGUCAUGGUCAAGGACUCCUUUGUGUUAAGCAGGGCAAGGUCAUCCCUUCCUCCCAACUUGGAGAUCAGGCGGCUGGAAGACGGAGCCGAAGGCGUGUUCGCCGUCACUCAGCUCGUGAAGCGGACGCAGUUUGGUCCGUUCGAGUCCCGGAGGGUCGCCAAAUGGGAGAAGGAGUCCGCGUUCCCACUGAAGGUGUUCCAGAAGGACGGGCACCCCGUGUGCUUCGACACGUCCAACGAGGACGACUGCAACUGGAUGAUGCUGGUGCGGCCGGCGGCGGAGCCUGCGCACCAGAACCUGACGGCCUACCAGCACGGCAGCGACGUGUACUUCACCACCUCCAGAGACAUCCCCCCGGGCACCGAGCUGCGCGUGUGGUACGCGGCCUUUUACGCCAAGAAGAUGGACAAGCCCAUGCUGAAGCAGGCCUGCACCAGUGUCCACGCUGCAGGCACCCUGGAAAACAGCGCCCCUGUGGAGUCGGAGCCCAGCCCCUGGGCCUGCAAGGUGUGCUCCGCCUCCUUCCUCGAGCUGCAGCUGCUGAAUGAGCAUCUCUUGGGUCACUUGGAACAAGCCAAGAGCCUUGUUCCAGGCGGCCAGAGCGAGGUUUCGCCCGAGAAGGAGCCAGAGGCACCCCGGGGGGACCCCCCUGCAGUGCCCGCGAAUGAGAGUGUUGUGGCCACCAAAGAACAGAAGAAAAAGCCUCGAAGGGGGAGAAAACCCAAAGCGUCCAAACCCGAGCAGCCUCUAGUCAUCGUUGAGGACAAGGAGCCGGCAGAGCAAGUGGCAGAGAUCAUUACCGAGGUCCCCCCGGACGAGCCUGUGGGCGUGACGCCGGACGAGCGGAUUAUGGAGCUGGUCCUGGGGAAGCUGGCCUCCAGCGCCGGCGACGCCAGCCCCGUGCCAAAGUUCGCCCACCACCAGAACAGCACCAUCUCGCUCAAGAGGAGCCUGAUCCUGUCGGGCAGGCACGGCAUCCGGCGGAAGCUCAUCAAGCAGCUCGGGGAGCACAGGCGGGUUUACCAGUGCAGCAUCUGCAGCAAGGUCUUCCAGAACAGCAGCAACCUGAGCCGGCACGUGCGCUCGCACGGUGACAAGCUGUUCAAGUGUGAGGAAUGCGCAAAGCUGUUCAGCCGCAAGGAGAGUCUGAAGCAGCAUGUUUCUUACAAGCACAGCAGGAACGAGGUUGACAGCGAGUACCGGCACCGCUGCGGCACGUGUGAGAAGACCUUCCGCAUCGAGAGCGCCCUGGAGUUCCACAACUGCAGGACAGAUGACAAGACGUUCCAAUGUGAGAUGUGUUUCAGAUUCUUCUCCACCAACAGUAACCUCUCCAAGCACAAGAAGAAGCACGGGGACAAGAAGUUCGCUUGUGAAGUCUGCAGCAAGAUGUUCUACCGCAAGGACGUCAUGCUGGACCACCAGCGCAGGCACCUGGAAGGAGUGCGGCGGGUGAAGAGAGAGGACUUGGAGGCCGGCGGGGAGAACCUGGUCCGCUACAAGAAGGAACCUUCUGGAUGUCCAGUGUGCGGCAAGGUGUUCUCCUGCAGGAGCAACAUGAACAAGCACCUGCUGACCCACGGUGACAAGAAGUACACCUGCGAGAUCUGUGGGCGCAAGUUCUUCCGCGUGGACGUGCUCAGGGACCACAUCCACGUCCACUUCAAGGACAUCGCGCUGAUGGACGACCACCAGAGGGAGGAGUUCAUCGGCAAGAUCGGGAUCUCCUCGGAGGAGAACGACGACAACUCUGACGAGAGCGCAGACUCGGAGCCUCACAAGUACAGCUGCAAAAGGUGUCAGCUCACCUUCGGCCGGGGGAAGGAUUACCUGAAGCACAUCAUGGACGUGCACAAGGAGAAGGGCCACGGCUGCAGCAUCUGCAACCGGCGCUUCGCGCUGAAGGCCACCUACCACGCCCACAUGGUCAUCCACCGCGAGAACCUGCCGGACCCCAAUGUGCAGAAGUACAUCCACCCCUGCGAGAUCUGCGGGCGGAUCUUCAACAGCAUCGGGAACCUGGAGCGGCACAAACUCAUCCACACAGGUGUGAAGAGCCACGCGUGUGAGCAGUGCGGGAAGUCCUUUGCCAGGAAGGACAUGCUCAAGGAGCACAUGCGUGUGCACGACAACAUCCGCGAGUACCUGUGCGCCGAGUGUGGGAAAGGCAUGAAGACCAAGCACGCGCUGCGCCACCACAUGAAGCUGCACAAGGGCAUCAAGGAGUACGAGUGCACGGAGUGCCACCGCAAGUUUGCGCAGAAGGUCAACAUGCUCAAGCACUACAAGCGGCACACGGGGAUUAAAGACUUCAUGUGUGAGUUGUGUGGGAAGACCUUCAGUGAGAGGAACACCAUGGAGACGCACAAGCUUAUCCACACCGAAGUGGGCAAGCAGUGGACGUGCUCCGUGUGUGACAAGAAGUAUGUCACCGAGUACAUGCUGCAGAAGCACGUGCAGCUCACGCAUGACAAGGUGGAGGCGCAGAGCUGCCAGCUGUGUGGGACCAAGGUGUCCACCAGGGCCUCCAUGAGCAGGCACAUGCGGCGCAAGCACCCAGAGGUGCUCGCGGUGAGGAUCGACGACCUGGACCACCUCCCAGAGACCACCACCAUCGACGCCUCCUCCAUCGGCAUCGUCCAGCCCGAGCUGACGCUGGAGCAGGAGGACCUGGCGGAGGGGAAGCACGCGAAAGCUGCCAAGAGGAGUCACAAGAGGAAGCAGAAGCCGGACGAGGGGGCGGGGGCGCCUGUGCCCGAGGACGCCGCCUUCAGCGAAUACUCGGAAAAAGAGACAGAAUUCUCGGGCAGCGUGGGCGACGAGACCAACUCUGCGGUACAGAGCAUCCAGCAGGUGGUGGUGACCCUGGGUGACCCUAAUGUGACUGCUCCAUCGAGCUCGGUCGGCCUGACCAACAUUACGGUGACUCCCAUCACCACUGCAGCUGGGACUCAGUUUACCAAUCUCCAGCCGGUGGCCGUGGGGCACCUUACCACCCCCGAGCGCCAGUUACAGCUGGACAACUCCAUCCUGACCGUGACCUUUGACACCGUCAGCGGGUCUGCCAUGCUGCACAACCGCCAGAACGAGGUACAGGUCCACCCGCAGCCGGAAGCCUCCAACCCGCAGUCCGUGGCGCACUUCAUCAACCUGACCACCCUGGUCAACUCCAUCGCGCCCCUGGGCAGCCAGCUCAGCGACCAGCACCCGCUCACCUGGCGGGCGGUGCCCCAGACGGACGUCCUGCCGCCCCCGCCCCCGCAGGCGCCCCCGCAGCAGGCGGCCCCGCCCCAGGUGCCAGCGGAGCAGCAGCAGCAGAUGUACAGCUAUUGAGCCCGGGCGGGAGACGGGCGAAAACCACAGCGAGGGCGUGUUGGAUUGUUUUAGAUGUGUUUGCUGAAUACCAAACAAACAAAAAAGUCACACAUUGCAAUGUAAGUAAGGUUGACUUAGCUUUUACAGAAUUGUUUCCAAAUCCCUCCAGUGACCACCACAGUCCAUCAGCUUAUCUCGAGAAGUGACCCAAGGGGCCGGAGUUUUAAACCGGGUUGGGUUCCAGGGCGCUAAGGCGGAGCAUUGGGGGCUGGGCCACCCCACCCGCCCUUCCAGGCUGCCUGUGUCCACAGCUUUGGGGACAUGACACGUAGAAGCAGGUUCCCAAGAGGCAAGUGAUAAGUUACUAGGAGCAUAAAUGGUUCAUUUCUUCCUUUCCUUUGAGCUCAGUUACUGUAUGAAAUUUAACAGACAGUGUUCACAGGUGGCAGCACGCUGCAGGGGGACACGGUUUUCUCCUCACUUUCGGAUUUUUUAGCAAGGGAGCAGGUAGAAGUUUAAGUAACAUUUGUUCUCUUCUUUGAAACAUGAGUUGAGUCGAUUUGCUGUAUGCUGGGCUGAAACCAGGUGUGAGCUGUGCCUGCAGCAUGUGAGCCUCCGGCCUUCAAGCUCAUCCUGGGGUCAGGUGAGGUCACUGACUCCGGCAUCAAAGACAUCUUAGUAAUAUCCCUGAAUCGAUUUUCAGUAUAGUUUUUUCAUUUUUUUACUUUAUCUCAGACACACAUUAUGUAUUCAGGACUGUGUUGUGGCCAACCUUGUUUCUGAACUGUAUUUUAACCUGAGUCGUUUGCACUGUAGGACUUGGGGGUCUGGGCCAGGUCUGCACAGCUGGUAAGCGGGGGGCCCUCGGAGUGGUCUCGGGACUCUGCCAUCCACGCGUGUUUAUUCGUGAGCUCAGCCGGAGCCCCCUGGAUGGGAGGAUAGGGAACGCACUCAUGUGUCCUUUGUUUAAACUUCAAUUCCAAAGGCUGACGUGUUUCAAGACCAACACAAGGGAAGUGCUGAGCCCGCCGGGUGGGAAAAAGCAGGGGCGGCUGGUCCAGUCGCAGAAGCAUUAAUUGCCCCAAUAAAUGAACGUGCAGGUGAACACCCAGCUCUGCGUGUGCGGGGACACAUGCUGUCAUACAUGUGUGCAGCUUCAGGGUUGUGGGCCAGGCGCACAAAGAGGCCCCGCCGCCAGAGCCCUGCUGCCCAGCCAUGGGAGCUCCAGGAGGCCAGGGGAGAAGUUUGAUUCUUACUUUCCUGAUAUUUUUUUAACACUGUCUGAAGUGAAAUGAUAAACUUGCCUUAUUUUGCCCUUGGUCACUACUGGUCCCAGAUCUCAUGUUCCCUGGGAGGCUGUCUUGAAGAAACGCCGUGGACCAUCAGUGAUUGACAGACGAGGCCAGAGGGACCCGACGUCGCCAGCGAGGCGUAGGUGGUUUGUGCUGCACGGAAUGCACCUUUCCCACCACUAACGCCAUUCCAAACAGCAGGCUCCUGCGGACGGGCUAGAACGUGCUUGUGCAAUACACGCCUUCGCGGGCUGGGAGAGCGCCGUGCCCAGGCAGCUGCGGGGGCCUGCGAGGCCCCACUCCCCGCACACCCAGCUCUCGCCUCUCGGCCGAAUAAUAGUGGGAGAGCCUUUUACUUUUUAAUUUAUGAUAAUUAUUUUUAUGUUAUUUAUGUAUAUAAUUAACUGCUUUAUACAUAAUAGUUUCAUUAAAUGAACUUGGACCAGGAGUGAUAUAUUUUCUAAAAUACUGUCUCCAUUCUCCAAAUAUGCGUGGUCCAGGCGUCCACAGGCUCAGCGAGAGACCCAGGGUUCCUGAGAUAUUUUUGUAAAACCUGAUGACGGUUUCUCUUUGCCUUGGCGGAACCUAGCGGGCAAACAAGCGAGCGAAGAACCCACGCGGGCCCUGGGCCCGUGAUCUGACAUCACUAGCGUUUACCUUAUAUUCCUCUCCCCUGUGAGGAAAGGCCUUUGAGAUCACAAUUUUAUUUUUCUAAAGAAGUUGUUUUAGUGCCUAGAGUAAGACUGUAUCAGAUGUUUUUAAAGAACCUCACGUAGACCGCGUGGCCCUGGUGUGUCGCCACUAUUUAUUUAAAUGCCAGACACGUCCUACUUGUUAUAGUAAGGGAGUGCUCUAAAUAAAAAUCAGACUCACUCCCAGGUUUCAUGGAAACACACGUAGUCUUGCUGGGGCCACAGCGUGUGGUCGCGGAGCAGUCGCUGUGAGUUUUCGUGUCCAUAACUGGAUGCAAAAAAGCAAAAGUACUGCUCAGCCAAGUCAUCAAGUGUACACUGUCUGGCUAUUUAUCACUGUUUAUCGACAGAAAGUAUUUAAUUUUUUUAACUGAUCCACGGUGCGCAGAUGUAUCCGUAAAGGAAGAAAUCAGAUCAAGCCAUUGUGGCCUCUGAGCUCUGUGAAUCCAUCUCAGUUGCUGUAAAUUAAUAAAUUAUGAGAAUUUAUUUUCGA